GCUGAAUGGCUGCUCCAGCCUGGCAACUCCCGCCGCGCUGCGGAGUCGAGGGGUGGCGGUGGAGGGACAGUUUGUUUUGAGCACCGAAUGGGGUAACACCCGGAAGUGGCGCCGUACCCGAGUUGCGUUGCCGCCGGGGGCGGGUGCCGGGUACCGGGAGGUGGCGAGGAAGCCACGGUACUCUUUGCCCUUCUGACUUUGACUCCUCUGCACCUUAAAAGAUGCUGGAGUCAUAUGUGACUCCAAUUUUAAUGAGCUAUGUGAAUCGCUACAUCAAGAAUUUAAAGCCAUCAGAUCUACAGCUUUCGCUAUGGGGUGGAGAUGUGGUUCUCAGCAAGCUCGAGUUAAAGUUGGAUGUGCUGGAACAGGAAUUGAAAUUACCAUUCACUUUUUUAAGUGGACAUAUUCAUGAAUUGAGGAUCCAUGUACCAUGGACAAAACUGGGUUCAGAACCAGUGGUAAUUACCAUCAAUACAAUGGAAUGCAUUUUGAAACUUAAAGAUGGAAUACAGGAUGACCAUGAAAGCUGUGGUUCUAAUUCUACCAACCGAAGUACUACUGAGAACACGAAAUCAUCAGUAAAACCCCGAAGAACAAUUCAGCAGGCUGCUCCCACAGAUCCUGAUUUACCACCAGGUUAUGUGCAGAGUCUGAUCAGACGAGUAGUAAAUAAUGUAAAUAUUGUUAUAAAUAAUCUCAUACUAAAAUAUGUUGAAGAUGAUAUUGUUCUUUCAGUCAAUAUCACUUCUGCAGAGUGCUAUACAGUAGGUGAAUUAUGGGAUCGUGCAUUCAUGGAUAUUUCUGCAACUGAUCUGGUGCUGAGAAAGGUUAUCAAUUUUUCUGACUGUACAGUUUGUCUUGAUAAACGAAAUGCUAGUGGUAAAAUAGAAUUUUACCAGGAUCCUUUAUUGUAUAAAUGUUCCUUCAGAACUCGUCUGCAUUUCACAUAUGAUAACCUAAAUUCCAAGAUGCCAUCUGUUAUUAAAAUUCAUACUUUAGUAGAGAGUUUGAAACUUUCUAUCACAGAUCAACAACUGCCUAUGUUUAUCCGUAUAAUGCAACUUGGGAUUGCUCUUUACUAUGGGGAAAUAGGCAAUUUUAAAGAUGGAGAAAUGGAAGAUCCUACCUGUCACAAUAAAGAUAUGUUAGGAAACAUUACAGGUGCCGAGGAUGAAACAAGAAUAGAUAUGCAGUAUCCUGCUCAGUACAAAGGCCAAGAGCUGUAUUCACAGCAAGAGGAUGAACAGCCACAGGGAUGGGUAUCGUGGGCCUGGUCAUUUGUGCCUGCAAUUGUGAGUUAUGAUGACGGUGAGGAAGACUUCCUUGGGAAUGAUCCUACAUCAACUACACAUCAGCAAAAAGCACAGAUUUUGAGGGAUCCUAUUGUGUCUAUAGGAUUUUAUUGUACAAAGGCAACUGUGACUUUCAAACUCACUGAAAUGCAAGCUGAGAGUAGUUAUUAUAGCCCUCAGAAAGUAAAAUCCAAAGAAGUAUUGUGUUGGGAACAAGAAGGAACUACAGUUGAGGCCCUUAUGAUGGGAGAGCCUUUCUUCGAUUGCCAGAUUGGUUUUGUAGGCUGCAGAGCCUUGUGCCUUAAGGGAAUUAUGGGUGUUAAAGAUUUUGAAGAGAGUAUGAAUAGAAGUGAAACUGAAGCCUGUUUCUUCAUUUGUGGUGAAAAUUUGAGUAUGAAAGGUUUGACAUACCUUACAAAUUCAUUGUUUGAUUACCGAAGCCCAGAAAAUAAUGGUACUCGUGCAGAAUUUAUCUUGGAUGCAACUCAUCAUAAGGAGACAUACACUGAAAUAGCUGGAAUGCAAAGGUUUGGGGCUUUUUACAUGGAUUACCUGUAUAUAAUGGAGAACAUCAGUGGCAAAGGUUCUACAAAUCAACAAGACUUUUCUUCAGGAAAAAGUGAGGAUAUGGGAACAGUUCAGGAGAAAUCUACAAAAAGCCUUGUUAUAGGUCCUCUUGAUUUUCGUUUGGAUAGCAGUGCAGUACAUAGAAUUUUGAAAAUGAUUGUUUGUGCCUUGGAACAUGAAUAUGAACCAUACAGUGGGCUAAAACCAGAUAUUAAGGAUGAAAAUGAAACAAUACUGAAUCCUGAAGAAGUGGCAUCUUUGGAGGAAUAUAUUCCUACUCGACAUACAAGUGUUACUCUCCUCAAAUGUACCUGUACUAUUUUCAUGGCUGAAUUCAACUUGUUGGAUCAUUUGCUACCUGUCAUUAUGGGAGAAAAGAACUCAAGUAACUUCCUGAAUACUACAAACUUCCAGUCACUUCGGCCUUUGCCAUCCAUUCAGAUAUUAGUGGAUAAAAUUAAUCUGGAACAUUCUGUGCCAAUGUAUGCUGAACAGUUGGUGCAUGUGGUCAGCAGCCUUACUCAGCCUUCUGAUAAUCUGCUUCAUUAUUGCUAUGCACACUGCUAUCUUAAGAUAUUUGGUUUCCAAGCAGGACUGACGUCUUUGGAUUGUAGGGGAUCUUACUGCUUACCUGUACCUAUUAUUCCCUCUUUCAGCACUGCUCUUUAUGGUAAACUUCUGAAACUACCCACGUGCUGGACCAAAAGAUCUCAGAUUGCUAUAACUGAAGGUAUAUUUGAACUUCCAAAUCUCACAAUUCAAGCUACAAGAGCACAGACACUUCUGCUGCAAGCAAUAUAUCAAAGCUGGUCUCAUAUUGGAAAUGUCAACUCUUUAUCAGUGAAUGAAGCUUUGAUGAAUGAAGUUUUCCAAACUAUAGGUGUGAAAUCUAAGAAUCCCCUGCCAACUCUUGAGGGCUCAAUCCAGAAUGUUGAAUUGAAGUACUGCAGCACAUCAUUGGUCAAAUGUGCCUCUGGGACCAUGGGAUCAAUAAAAAUUUGUGCCAAAGCCCCAGGUGACAGUGGAAAAGAGAAGUUGAUUCCAUUGCUUCAGGGUCCUUCUGACACUAAAGACCUUCAUAGCAGCAAGUGGCUCAAUGAGAGUAGAAAGCCAGAAUCUCUCUUAGCUCCAGAUUUGAUAGCCUUCACAGUCCAAGUUCCACAGUAUAUGGACUACUGCCAUAAUUCCGGUGCUGUACUUCUUUGUAGUGUACAAGGAGUAGCAGUUAAUAUUGAUCCAGUCUUAUACACCUGGCUCAUUUAUCAGCCGCAGAAACGAACCAGUAGACAUAUGCAGCAGCAGCCUGUCGUAGCUGUUCCUCUUGUUAUGCCAAUUAGCAGAAGGAAAGAGGAUGAGGUGUCUGUUGGAAGUGCGCCCCUGGCAAAGCAGCAGUCAUAUCAGGCCUCUGAAUAUGCCAGUAGCCCUAUAAAAACAAAAACAGUAACAGAAUCCCGGCCAUUGUCAGUUCCUGUGAAAGCCAUGCUGAAUCUCUCUGAAGGCUGUAGAAGUCCUGAAGAGAGAAUGAAAGAAUUUAUUGGAGUAGUAUGGAAUGCAGUAAAGAGUCUCACACUACAGCUUGAAGUACAGUCUUGUUGUGUGUUUGUUCCAAAUGAUAGCCUGCCUUCCCCAAGUACAAUUGUAUCUGGUGACAUUCCUGGAACAGUAAGAAGUUGGUACCAUGGACAAACCAGCAUGCCAGGAAUGCUUGUCCUCUGUUUGCCUCAAAUAAAGAUUAUUAGUGCGGGCCACAAGUAUAUGGAACCUCUGCAGGAGAUUCCAUUUGUCAUUCCACGACCCAUCCUUGAAGAAGGUAAUGCUUUUCCUUGGACUAUCAGCUUGCAUCAUUUCAGCAUGUAUACCCUUUUCGGAAAACAAGUGACACUUUGCCUAGUGGAACCUAUGGGUUGUACCUCUACUCUAGCUGUUACAUCUCAAAAACUACUUGCUACAGGACCUGAUACAAGGCAUUCAUUUGUUGUCUGUCUCCAUGUUGACCUAGAGUCACUUCAGAUAAAAUGCUCGAACCCUCAGGUGCAGCUCUUAUAUGAGCUAACCGAGAUCAUGAAUAAGGUGUGGAAUAAGAUUCAGAGGAGAGGCAAUCUCAGCCCUUCCUCCGCCUUUCCGGAAACCUCAGCAGGGCCGGUCCCGGGUUCUCCGGUGAGAAGCAGUGUAGGCACAGCUCCACCAGACACCAGCACAUGCAGCCCAUCUGCUGACGUUGGGACUACUACUGAGGGAGAUUCCAUACAAGCAGGUGAUGAUUCACCAUUUUCGGAUUCUAUUACCCUGGAACAAACUACAAGUAACAUUGGUGGAUCCAGUGGACGUGUUAGUCUGUGGAUGCAGUGGGUGCUCCCCAAAAUUACUAUAAAACUCUUUGCUCCAGAUCCUGAAAAUAAAGGCACAGAGCUUUGUAUGGUCAGUGAACUAGAAGAUCUCAGUGCUUCCAUAGAUGUUCAGGAUGUAUAUACCAAAGUGAAAUGUAAAAUAGAAAGUUUCAAUAUUGAUCACUAUAGAAGCAGGCCAGGGGAAGGUUGGCAGUCAGGACAUUUUGAAGGAGUAUUUCUGCAGUGCAAAGAAAAACCUGUGACAACAGCAAAACUUCUAGAUGGCUCUCAUCAGCAGCAUGGAUUUCUCUCUUUGACAUACACAAAAGCUGUAACAAAAAAUGUCCGCCACAAGUUAACAUCAAGAAAUGAGCGAAGAAGUUUUCAUAAGUUAUCUGAAGGUUUAACGGAUGGUUCCCCUCAUUUUCUUCAUGAAAUUCUUCUUUCAGCACAAGCUUUUGAUAUUGUCCUUUGCUUUCCUUUGCUUAAUGCCAUUGCAAGUAUAUUUCAAGCAAAACUACCAAGGACCCAAAAAGAGAAAAGAAAAUCUCCUGGUCAGCCCAUGAGGAGCCAUACCUUGACUUCACGCAGUUUACCUUUGAUUUAUAUCAACACAAGUGUAAUCAGAAUUUUUGUUCCAAAAACAGAAGAAAUGCAGCCAAGUAUUGAAGUUAAUCAGGCAGCAAAAGAAGACACCAUGGUUUUGAAGAUUGGCUCUGUUGCUAUGGCUCCCCAAGCUGACAAUCCCCUUGGCAGAUCUGUCCUCAGGAAAGAUAUUUACCAGAGAGCUUUGAACUUGGGAAUUCUUCGAGACCCUGGAUCAGAAAUUGAAGAUAGACAGUACCAAAUAGACCUGCAGUCCAUCAAUAUUGGUACUGCACAGUGGGAUCAACUAAAACCGGAGAAGGAAAGUGGCACAGGAGGGGUGCUAACAGAGAGUGAAAGAAAUUCUCAAAACCCAGCCCUUGAGUGGAAUAUGGCCAGCAGCAUACGGCGACAUCAAGAAAGAAGAGCAAUUUUGACUCCCAUUUUAACAGAUUUUUCUGUCCGAAUAACUGGAGCACCUGCUAUCAUUUUCACCAAAAUAAUUUCUCCAGAAAAUAUGCACACUGAGGAGAUUUUAGUGUGUGGCCAUUCCUUGGAAGUGAAUAUAACCACAAACCUGGACUUCUUCCUGAGUGUGGCUCAAGUUCAACUCUUACAUCAGUUAAUAGUAGCAAAUAUGAUUGGACUGGAACCAUCAAGCAAGGCCACAGAGAUCUCCAAGCAAGAGCAGAAAAAACCAGAUACAUUUGAUGGAAGCGUGGCUGAGACCUCAUCCCGGUACAGUGGCGCCCAGGAUAGUGGAAUCGGCAGUGACAGUGUUAAAAUUCGAAUAGUACAAAUAGAGCAGCAUAGCGGUACUAGUCAGCAUCGCAUCGCCCGUCCCUCACGCCAGUCGUCAAUUGUAAAAAAUCUCAAUUUUAUUCCCUUUGACAUAUUUAUUACUGCAAGUAGAAUCUCACUAAUGACCUACUCCUGUACGGCCAUACCCAAAUCAAAAUCGCAAGAGCACAAGGAUAAUGAAAAAACAGGCAAGAGUUCAUUAAAUCUCCCAGAAGCUGAUUCAGAUGUUGCUAAGCCCAGCCAGCCAUGUAUUUCUACCGUAACAGCGGAAGAUCUCUUGAGCAGCACCGUAGCUUUUCCUUUAGGGAAAAGACUAGGCGUCAUCUCUCUUGAAAGUCUUCAUGCCGCCACAAGGUCAUCUGCUAGACAAGCCCUUGGGAUAACUAUUGUUCGGCAGCCUGGACGAAGAGGAGCUGGUGACUUGCAGCUGGAACCUUUUUUAUACUUUAUUGUGUCCCAGCCUUCUUUGCUUCUAAGUUGUCACCACAGAAAGCAGCGGGUGGAAAUAUCCAUUUUUGAUGCCGUACUUAAAGGGGUAGCCUCUGAUUACAAAUGUACAGAUCCCGGGAAGACUCUGCCUGAAGCCCUUGAUUACUGCACAGUUUGGCUGCAGACAGUGCCUGGAGAUAUAGACAGCAAAAGUGGUAUUCCACCCUCCCUGGUAACGCUACAAAUUAAAGACUUUCUUAAUGGACCAGCAGACAUCAACUUGGACAUAUCAAAGCCUUUGAAAGCAAACCUGAGUUUUACCAAGUUGGAUCAGAUAAACAAUUUAUUAAAGAAGAUAAGAAGUGCACACAGCAAAGAGACUUCAGCCCCAUCAGAUACCACGCUGAAUAAGGAUGAGUUUCCAGCCUCAAAAUGUUACCAUGGAAAGUUGUCGAAACCUAAGGUUCACGGUGAUGGAGCACAGAAGAUUCCAUUUCAAGAAAACAUGUGGAGAACUGUUUCUUGCUUUCAAAAAAUUUCUGUCCAUACUACUCAGAUUGUGGUCUCCAUGGAAACUGUCCCCCAUCCUAGUAAACCGUGCCUAUUAGCAUCUUUAUCAACCCUCAGUGGAAGCCUUAAUGUUAAAGCAGCACAAAAAGUACCUGGCAUAAUUCUUGGGUCAUCAUUUCUACUCAGCAUAAAUGAUUUUCUGCUUAAAACAAGUCUCAAAGAAAGAAAUCGGAUUCUGUUAGGACCAUGCUGUGCUACUGUCAAUCUGGAAGCUAAGUGGUGUAAACACAGUGGCAAUCCAGGCCCAGAACAGUCCGUACCAAAAAUAUCCAUUGAUUUAAGAGGAGGUCUGCUACAGGUUUUCUGGGGUCAGGAACAUUUGAACUGUUUAGUUCUUCUACAUGAAUUACUCAGUGGAUACCUUAAGGAGGAGGGAAAUUUUGAAGCGCAAGUUCCCGAAGCAGUGUCCCAAAUGCCGUCUCCUAUAGAAAAGAACCAGAUGUUUAAAAGUGAACAAAGUUCAGAUGACCUACGGACAGGCCUAUUCCAGUAUGUACGAGAUGCUGAACCCUUGAAAAUGCCUGGUGUCUAUGAAGUCUUGUUUUACAAUGAAACUGAAGAUAGCUCAGGGAUGAUGUUAUGGAGAUAUCCAGAACCUAGAGUGCUCACCCUUGUACGGAUAACUCCUGUGCCCUUCAACACCACAGAGGAUCCAGAUAUUAGCACGGCAGACCUUGGGGAUAUGCUACAGAUUCCGUGUAGUUUGGAAUACUGGGAUGAACUCCAGAAGGUUUUUGUUGCAUUUCAAGAAUUCAGUCUGUCUGAAAGCAAAGUGUGUGAACUGCAGUUGCCGGAUAUCAAUCUUGUGAGUGACCAGAAGAAACUGGUAUCCUCGGAUCUUUGGAGAAUUGUCCUGAACAGCAGUCAAAAUGGUGCUGAUGACCAAAGCUCCACAGCUCCGCCGCAAUACCUACAGCCAUUUAUUUCCGAUAAAAAUGUGCCAUCUGAACUAGAAUACAUGAUUAUUUCCUUCAAAGAACCGCACGUGUAUCUCCGGCAGUGGAACAAUAGUCCUGUGUGUCAGGAGAUCCGGUUCUCAGCUCAAGCAGACUGUAAACUUCUCGAGUGCAGAAAUGUCACAAUGCAAAGCAUGGUAAAACCCUUCAGCAUCUUCGGGCAGGUGGCCAUUUCCCGCGACACAGGAGAAAAGCUGCUUGACUGCACCAUCGUAGUGGACUCUAUCUUUGUCAACUUUGGGCAACAUGUGGUUCAUUCUCUAAACACUGCAGUACAAGCUUGGCAACAGAACCAGUGCCCUGAGGUGGAGGAGUUGGUCUUCAGCCAUUUUGUGAUCUGUAAUGACACACAGGAGACACUGCGCUUCGGCCAGGUGGAUACCGAUGAAAACCUUCUGCUGGCGCGUCUCUGCAGUCACCAGUACAGCUGGCGUUCUCACAGGUCCCCGCAGCUGUUACACAUCUGUAUUGAAGGUUGGGGCAAUUGGCGCUGGUCAGAGCCCUUCAGUGUGGACCAUGCAGGGACGUUUAUUAGAACUAUUCAGUACAAGGGUCAGACUGCUUCCCUCGUCAUCAAGGUUCGGCAACUCAGCGGCGUGCAAAAACAGAUUAUCAUCUGUGGAAGACAGAUCAUCUGUAGUUACUUGUCUCAAAGCAUAGAACUAAGAGUCGUUCAGCAUUACAUUGGUCAAGAUGGACAAGCUGUGAUUCGAGAACAUUUUGACUGCCUCGCAGCCAAACAGAAAUUGCCUUCAUACAUACUAGAAAACAGUGAACUGACAGAGUUGUGUGUGAAGGCCAAAGGAGAUGAAGAUUGGUCAAGAGACGUGUCCUUGGAAUCUAAGUCCCCUGAGUAUAGCAUUGUCAUUCAGGUGCCAUCUUCAAACAGUUCCAUUUUUUAUGUCUGGUGCACAGUUUUGACAUUAGAACCCAACUCUCAAGUGCAACAACGAAUGAUUGUGUUCAGCCCUCUUUUUAUCAUGAGGAGUCAUCUUCCAGACCCCAUUAUCAUACAUUUGGAGAAAAGGAGUCUGGGAUUGAGUGAAACACAAAUUAUUCCCGGAAAAGGACAGGAAAAACCACUGCAAAACAUAGAACCUGACCUUGUGCAUCACCUAACAUUUCAAGCAAGAGAAGAAGACGAUCCUUCCCACUGUGCCGUUCCUAUCUCAACCUCCCUCAUUAAGCAAAUAGCCACUAAGAUACACCCUGAAGGCACAGUUAAUCAGAUCCUUGACGAAUUCUAUGGGCCAGAAAAGUCCCUUCAACCCAUGUGGCCCUAUAAUAAAAAGGAUUCUGACAGGAAUGAACAGCUGAGUCAGUGGGAUAGCCCAAUGCGAGUGAAGCUGUCAGUCUGGAAGCCAUAUGUUAGAACCUUGUUGGUAGAGCUUCUACCCUGGGCCCUGCUUAUCAAUCAGUCCAAGUGGGACCUCUGGCUGUUUGAAGGAGAGAAGAUUGUUCUACAGGUUCCUGCUGGCAAAAUUAUUAUCCCUCCUAAUUUUCAGGAGGCUUUUCAAAUUGGAAUAUACUGGGCAAAUACAAACACUGUGCACAAGUCAGUAGCGAUUAAACUGGUCCAUAACGUGACGUCUCCAAAGUGGAAGGAUGGAGGUAAUGGUGAGGUUGUAUCAUUGGACGAAGAAGGGUUUGUUGAUGCUGAAAUAAGACUUGGUGCUUUCCCAGGACAUCAGAAGUUAUGUCAAUUCUGCAUUUCCUCCAUGGUACAGCAGGGCAUACAAAUUAUUCAGAUUGAAGACAAGACUAUAAUAAUCAAUAAUAUGCCAUAUCAAAUAUUCUUCAAACCACAGUUAUCUGUCUCCAAACCCCACUCUGGAAAGGAGUCCAGAACUCUGGAGAAGAUUGUGACACUGAAAGUGUUCAUUACUCAGUUGAGCCUGGUGGUGUUUGAUGACCUCACCCACCACAAAGUAUCGUCUGAGCUCCUGAGACUCACACUGGACAGUGUCUUUCUGCACGUGGCCCCCAUGGCCGGUGGCCUGCCCGGGGAAGAGGCUGCUGCGGCCCCCCUCCAGCUUCACUGUGUGGAGGUCUACUGUGGGGACCUGCAGGUGGACAACCAGCUGUACAACAAGUCCAAUUUCCACUUUGCCGUCCUGGUCUGCCAGGGAGAAAAAACAGAACCCGUGCAGUGUUCCAAAAUGCAGAGCCUCCUUGUAUCCGGCAGAGAUCUGGAGGAAUACAAGGAGAACUGUUUUAUCAAACUCUGCCUCACCCUAACUGACGGCAAGAGCGGCUUCUUCGAGGAUAUUAACGAGUUCCGCCUUGAAGUGAAACCCGCCCGGUUAUACGUGGAAGAUACGUUCGUUUACUACAUCAAAACGCUGUUCGAGACCUACCUUCCCGACGGCUGCCUGGCCGCGCAGCCCGCCGGAGCCGCGGGGAGCACGCAGGGGUUGCCCGCGCAGGUCAGCCAGCACGCCAGGGCCCUGGUGCAUCCCGUGAAGUUGCGGAAACUGGUGAUCCAGCCAGUGAGUCUCCUCGUCAGCAUCCACGCCUCCCUCAAGCUGUACAUAGCGUCCGACCACACGCCGCUGUCCUUCUCGGUGUUUGAACGCGGCCCCAUCUUCACCACGGCCAGGCAGCUGGUCCAUGCCCUGGCGAUGCACUAUGCCGCGGGCGCGCUCUUCAGAGCAGGCUGGGUGGUUGGAUCUCUGGAAAUCCUCGGCAGCCCCGCGAGUUUGGUGCGAAGCAUCGGGAGCGGAAUCGCCGACUUCUUUAGGCUUCCGUACGAGGGGCUGACCAGAGGCCCUGGAGCCUUUGUGAGUGGAGUUUCCAGAGGGACGACAUCCUUUGUAAAGCACAUUUCCAAAGGUACCCUCACCUCCAUCACCAACCUGGCCACAAGCCUGGCGCGGAACAUGGACCGCCUCUCGCUAGACGAGGAGCACUACAACCGGCAGGAGGAGUGGCGGCGGCAGCUCCCCGAGAGCCUGGGCGAGGGGCUCCGGCAGGGCCUGUCCCGGCUGGGCAUCAGCCUGCUCGGUGCAAUUGCCGGCAUAGUCGAUCAGCCCAUGCAGAACUUCCAGAGAACAUCGGAGGCUCAUGCUUCAGCAGGACACAAGGCCAAGGGUGUCAUCUCAGGCGUGGGGAAAGGAAUCAUGGGGGUGUUCACAAAGCCCAUCGGAGGGGCCGCUGAGCUCGUGUCACAGACUGGCUAUGGUAUUUUACACGGAGCUGGACUUUCUCAGCUUCCCAAACAGCGCUAUCAGCCAAGUGAUCUACAUGCUGACCAGGCUCCCAAUAGCCACGUCAAAUAUGUCUGGAAAAUGCUUCAGUCUCUGGGCAGACCAGAAGUGCACAUGGCCCUGGAUGUAGUUCUGGUGAGGGGCUCAGGCCAGGAGCACGAAGGGUGCUUGCUGCUGACCUCGGAAGUGCUCUUUGUGGUGAGCGUCAGCGAGGACACACAGCAGCAGGCCUUCCCCAUCACAGAGAUCGACUGUGCCCAGGACAGCAAGCAAAGCAACCUGCUCACCGUGCAGCUCAAGCAGCCAAGAGUGGCCUGUGAUGUGGAGGUGGAUGGAGUCCGGGAGAGACUGUCAGAGCAACAGUACAACAGACUUGUGGACUACAUCACAAAGACAUCUUGUCACCUGGCCCCCAGCUGCUCUUUCAUGCAGACCCCAUGCCCGGUGGUGGCUGUGGAACCUCUCCCCUCCACUGUGAAAACAUACCAUUAUAUGGUUGAUCCACAUUUUGCUCAAGUGUUCAUUAGUAAAUUUACCAUGGUGAAAAAUAAAGCCCUGAGGAAAGGGUUCCCUUGAGUCCCCUCUGAGGUGUUGUUGAUCCCUGCUUGUGCAAUUUAUUCUUCUUGAAAAAGAAACCUAACUAGCCCUAACAACAUCUAAUAUGGACACAAAGCCAAUACUUUAAUUAUAGGUAAUUUUCCAGCCUCUAAUUCAGAUUCUUCUCCCUAAAACUAAGAAAAUACCUUAAAAUGCAAUGAUAAAAAACUUGUUCCUUUCCGAUUUGGAGACAGUGAUUAAAAGAAUCUCUAUGUUGUCAUCUCAUCAUACAUAAGUUCUACCUUUUGCUCUCUAAUGGUAUUUGCUAAAAUGUUUACUAUAAUUAAGAUCUGUUAACUCUGCUCUGACAAAAAAUGUGGUCAGGCCUUAGAAUGGAGAGACUGGUUAAAACUUCAUUCCCAACUGCAUCUGUUUCUAGGCCGAGACAUUGUCUUUGCCUAAUACCCUUGUCUGCAAACCUUUGGAAUCUUUAAAUGCUUAGGAAUUUGUCAAUGUAAAUUUAUUACUUAAAUGUGAUGCUCUUCUUUAAGUGAAACCUGCUAUGUAUAUUUCUACUUUAAAGCCUGCAGGUUACUGAAAUUUACAAGACAUUCUCAUGAUGGUCCCGGUACACUGUAGAAAAAAUGUUUCACCAGUUUAUCUUUUAGCAAGCAAGCUUAUGUGUCUACCAAUGAAAACAGACCCAAAGGGCUCAGGUGAGUUUCUCUAGUUCUGUAAAGAAAACCUACUACUAGGAAUUCCCUAUGACACUCUCUUGUGGAAAGGGUUUAGCAGAAGGAUAUUCAUACUGCCCUGGAGUACUGCAGGGGAGUCAGGAACCCCAAUGUUAACCUUAACAGUGAACCAAUCCAAACAGUUUAUUCUGAAUUGCUCAAACACAAAAUAUUCCCAAUGUCUGAUAUUAUUUUUGCAUUUAAGGAUAGGUUUUUAUCAAGAUCUUGGGUCACCAGCUAUCAUCUUUAAUAUUCAGUAAAAAUCUCACUCUGAUUAAAACACAUUUUUACUGAUUACAUCCAGACUUGGGUCUACAAUCUAUUAUGUACAAUUGUGAGAUGCUAAGAAAAUUCAAUUUCAAAUGGCCACUAAUUUUUAAUCAAGUCUCACUUGUCAUCAGGGAUGAGAAGUCACUGCGUAAUUGUUUCUAGAAAGCAAGACCAUUAAUGAACAAUUCAGGCUAAAUAUGAAAAACUGAUUCUUCCAUUAGUUUGUUGUGUCACACUCAUUUAGGAAAAAGUGACAGCUUCGCCAACCUCGAGUAACUAUUUUUAAGAAUGUAAAUAUGUAUUAAUUAUUAUCUUUUAUGGUCAUUUUGCAUACUACUUCUAAGAAUUGUAAUAUAAAUUGUUGAAAAUAAAAGGAAUCCUUGAAUUACUGACCACACAUAAA